UCUGCUUCCACAUGCGGAAAUCGCGCGCUCGAAGCAAAAUUGUCGCACAAGCUCGAGACGGCCUGAUGGCUGAACGGCUAGGGUGUACGUACGUGCGCGCUUGCCCCGCUUUUCUCGACCGCGCGCAUGCGGUGUCUCGCGGCAACGAUUCCAUCCUCAUCAAGUUGACAUGUCUCGCUGGACGAUGCUCGAGACUUGUACCUCCAGAUCUGAAGUAGACUCUUGACUCACACUACUCGACUGUACAGCUCACAGAUUCGACUCAAAGUCACUACUUGCUUCACGACGAUCUCUGCGUCAUCUCGCAGCUCCCAGAGGCGGCGCGGAGCGUCAGUCGUGAUGGAGAUCGUCGUAAUCACAAUCACGAAUCGCGAAUGUCGUCGUAUUUGCUCAUCACCUCGUGAUCUCCACUUUGCGCUGCGUCCUGAAAACCUAUGUCUACGAAGAGUUGAUCGCCCGCCCUCAAGCUGCUGGCGCUCCUCUGGGGAUCUCAAUCCGAAUUGCGAACGUCACAAGUAUUUUGACUUCACCUGGCAUCGGACAACCCCCGUAUCGUCAGUCGUGAAGUGCGUGUGUCGAGUCGGACUCACUCAAGACUGCUGCUUGCGUAUGCACACAGACAGCCUGCUGGAGAGCAGGCGGAUAUACUCUUCUGGUUGCAGCUACAUAGGUGUAAAUGCGCGCACGGCUUCUCACGCUAGACUAGGUGUCGCAUGGCGAGGACAUCAAUUACGCGGGACCUCGCAUCGAUUUCUGUCCGUGGGCUCCUGUCUGGCCACACGCCAAAGGUCCCCUCUCGAUCACGUUGCUGAUGAUCGACGAGGAUCCGAUCAAGCAGGGUCAGUCCACGGCGUCCACUUGGGAGUGAUCACGACUACUCUUGGAUCUCAUGGCCCCCCCACUCUCUUGUGUGUUGAACGCCCUGAAAGAGAGAGUCUGCCGACCCACAACACGCGCUAUUUGCAACGUCCAGACACGGGCCUCGCUUCUUGCCAUUUGCUCUGAACGUAUUUGGCUGUAGAAGGCCUUCGCUGUCGGUCGACAGUGUCAGUCUUCGAUGCAAGAUACCGCCGAUGGGCACCUUUGGCGGGAGCACGCGC